AGGGAAGGAGGAGGGCCGAGGAGGAGACAUGGAGCUCCUCCUCCUCCUCUUAUUAUUGCUCUUAUUUCUUCCCUUCCUGGAAAACAUUCGACUCAGCCACUGCAAAAGAGAGACAGAAGCCUUCCUGGGAUUCCCCUUUUCUCAUCCAGGUUUACAGAAUGAGCUAUCCAGGAUAUCCCCCCACAGGUGGAUAUCCACCUGCUAGUGGGUAUCCCCCGGCUGCUCCUGGCAACAAUCCCUGGGGUCCUCCCAGCUAUCCUCCUGCAAACCCUCCUCCAAUUGGACUAGAAAAUGUUGGAAACUAUGCCGGUCAGUUCGAUCCUAACUAUAUGGCGCGCAUGGCUUCGAACAUGUCAGGGACAUUUGGUGGUGCCAAUAUGCCACAGCAGGGUUUAUACCCUCAAGCUCCUGGGGGCUAUCCCCCUGUCCCUCAAGGAGGAUUUGGACAACCACCACAAGGACAGCAAUCUUCUUACGGAAUUUACCCACCAACUCCAGGAGGAAAUCCACCAUCAGGAAUGCCGUCUUAUCCAUCAUACCCAGGCAGCCCCAUGCCACCAGCAGGACAGCAGCCCCAAGCAGUGCCAUAUCCUGGGCAGCAGCCCAUGCCAAAUUAUCCUUCUGGACCAGCUGCUAGUCCUUCUAUGCCAUCGUAUCCAGGACCUACAAUGCCCACAGUUACUCCUGGAGUUUCUGGAAAUCGAGGCACAAUCCAUGAUGCUUCAUCAUUUGACCCCCUGAGGGAUGCCGAAGUAUUGAGGAAGGCCAUGAAAGGAUUUGGAACUGAUGAGCAGGCUAUCAUAGAGUGUCUUGGAAGUCGUUCAAAUAAGCAGCGACAGCAAAUAAUGCUCUCAUUUAAAACAGCUUAUGGAAAGGAUUUGAUCAAGGACCUGAAGUCUGAGCUAUCAGGCAACUUUGAGAAGACAAUCUUGGCAAUGAUGAAGACACCUAUCCAGUUUGACAUUUAUGAAAUAAAAGAAGCCAUCAAGGGUGCUGGCACAGAUGAAGCUUGCCUGAUAGAAAUCCUGGCAUCUCGCAGCAAUGAACACAUUCGAGAAAUCAGUAAGGCAUACAAAACAGAAUUCAAGAAAACUCUGGAAGAAGCCAUUAGAAGUGACACAUCUGGGCAUUUCCAAAGGCUUUUAAUUUCACUUGCUCAGGGAAACAGAGAUGAAAGUACCAGUGUGAACAUGUCACUUGUCCAAAGUGAUGCUCAGGCCCUGUAUGCAGCAGGAGAGAAUCGACUUGGUACUGAUGAAUCCAGGUUCAAUGCAAUUCUUUGCUCCAGAAGUAAAGCUCACCUAAGAGCAGUUUUCAAUGAAUACCAGCGCAUGUGUAACCGUGACAUUGAGAAGAGCAUAAGCAGAGAGAUGUCUGGAGACCUUGAAUCCGGGAUGUUGGCAGUAGUUAAGUGUAUAAAAAACACACAUGCUUUUUUUGCGGAGAGACUGUACAAGGCCAUGAAGGGAGCUGGAACCAAAGAUAGGACUCUUAUUCGGAUCAUGGUGUCGCGCAGUGAGGUUGACCUCCUGGAUAUACGGCAAGAAUACAAACGAAUGUAUGGCAAAUCUCUCUACACAGAUAUCACGGGUGACACUUCAGGGGACUAUCGGAAAAUCCUGCUCAAACUGUGUGGUGGAAAUGACUAAGCGGAGCUUUCCAGAGAUUUAGGGAUUUCUUGUUUGUGUGUUUAAAAAAAAUACCAUCUGUCAUUAUGUUAUCAUUUCACAUAUUACCAGAUCUCUUCCUCUACAGUGCCAUGUUUGGUAAAUUUCUCAUUAUAUUCCUUUCUGUAAUUGUGCAUAAAUACAGAAAUUCUGCUAUAAUAGAAGCUGUUGCACUGGAUAGUUGUAGAUCAGAAAUAAGAUUUUGCAUUCUUGAGGAUAGAGAAGAGUCCUCCAUAUCAAAGACAUGUGCUGUAUGAAUAGUCUUUCUUUUGAGAAAGUCCUUUUUUUGAGUGCACAAUGGUUCUAUGUAGCUUUAUGUUGUUGUUUUUUUAAAAAUUAUAAAGGAUUUUUAUUUCUGUAAUGCAUGGCAGGUUUUAUAUUUACAUGCUUAUUGUAGUUUGACUCAAAAGUGCCUGUUCUGAAAAGUGAUUGAUAGAGACUCAGCUCCUGUUGGCACAUUGCUCAGGAGAAACUUCAUUCUGACUUUCAUGGGGAAAAUGAAUUGACAAGUGAACUGGGCUAUACCAUGUGAAUUUGAAUGUGAGAAUGUGAGAUCUGCCUGACCUUAUGAUCCAUCCUUAAAUUUGAAAGAAAAGCGGGUAUGACAAAUUGCAACUACGUGUGAAAUUCAGUAUAUAAUUUGGAAGCAUGUCAUUGUGCCCCUAGUCUGAGCUCUUUCCCCCCUGGAGCUAAUUACAGCAUGGGAGUUGGGCUUUUCAUUGGAGAAAAUGGUAGUGGAGGGAAAGGUUAUACCUCAUCUCUCUGCAUGCUAUGGCCUUUGUGAAAACUGUCUCUCCUUCCUCCACACUUGCAACUAAAAAUAAUGUCCAAGAUCCUGCAUUGGGGGACAUAGUUAAGGCCAUAGAGUUCUGUCAUUGUAGCUAUAUCUCCCCCAAACUACCUUUGACUACAGUACCCACCUAUCCACCCCCAGAGAGCCAACGUGGCAUAAUGGUUUAAGCGUUGAACGAGGAAUCCUAGCUCAGCCAGGUAAACCUACUGGGUGACCUUGGGCAAGUCACAUUCUCUCAGUCUCAGGGGAUGACAAUGGCAAACCCUGUCUGAAGAAAUUUGCCAAGAAAACCCUAUGAUAGGUUCUCCUUAGUGUCUCCAUAAGUCCAAAUGACUUAAAAGCACACAACAACAACAACACACACACACACAAAGGAUUUCCGAGGUAGAUGAGAACAGGGUGCUAACUGAUGACAUGCUCAGCUGUCUCCUGGCAGUGAGGCACAAUAUGGCAGGCAGCAGCAAAAGGACACUACAGGGGCCCCUGCUACUGUCCAUCACAGUCUGCCCUGCUACCGGAGGCAUAAUCAGAGCCCAAUUCUCCAGCCUCAGAAAUCCUUUGGUGGGGACCAUCUAAAUUCAGAGGUAGGUUUUGGGGAGAGCUUUCAAUUAUUGCAAUGAUGUAAUGACUAUACAUGUGAAUUUCAAUAGUUACAAUUUCAUAAGUCCAGUUUACAACAUGAUAAAUGCUGAAUGGAAUGCCAGCCAAUACAUUUAAAACCCGGACUGACUUCAUAGUGUCACCUGUAACAUCAUAUCUGGUUUGGCUCUUGAGAGAUUCCCCCCAAUUAAAUACUGCUCAGCUGUUUAUUUGCAGGGGGACAUACUAUGCUUCUUGGGCAAGAUAAGACACAAAAAAAGGUCUUACUUUGCACUUUUAGGAUACAAGGCACCAAAGCUAUACAAACUCCAUUCACUUAAUUGAGACUUGUACAGAAGCGAAUGGAAAUUACAUCUUGAGAAUUGGCUGGACCAUGCUCCCUUUAUGCACAAAGAAGUCCCCACAUAUCUUAAUGCCUGACUCAUGCUUGAUUUUCUCAUUCAAACCUCGGGUUUUCUAUGUGGGUUCUGCUUUGAGUGGGUUGUGCCAGAAAUAUUUUGGGACUCAGAAUGCCUUUCCUUUGAGUGCAUGCCAAAGCUUUCCUUUUCAAUAUGUUUUGAAUUGUGCCUUUAAAAAUCAAAUACAUGUAACUUUUUAAAAAGCAGAUUUGUACGAAUAAAGACAUCUAUCUUAUAA